CGCGCGGGCUUGGAUGGUGCGGCGGGCGCGAGCCCUGGGCCAGUUUCUCAGCGGCACCUUGCGGCAGGCCUGGCGCCACUCCCAGCCUCAGUUUCCCCCGCUGCGGGAGUUAAGCCCAGCAUGCUGGGCUGGAGCAGCUGCACAAGCCGCGCGCAGUGAUGACGUGGCGGAUAAGGCCCUCGAGCCCCGGCGCCGCCUGUCAGAACCGCGGCGUCCCUCUUCUGUAAACCGGAGCUACAGAUUCGGCUUUCCCUCUGUGGCGGGACAAGUGCCCCGGGCCCAGCCCUUAGUCCAGAUGACACUCAUGCCCAUGGCUUCCGUGAUGGCAGUGGCUGAACCCAAAUGGGUCUCAGCCUGGGGCCGCGUCCUGUGGCUCACCCUGCUGAGCAUGGCUCUGGGGUCGCUGCUGGCCCUGCUGCUGCCACUGGGAGCCGUGGAAGAGCAGUGUCUGGCCGUGCUCAGAGGUUUCCACCUGCUCAGGAGCAAACUGGACAGGGCGCAUCACGUGGUCACCAAGUGCACCAGCCCAUCCACAGAGCUCAGCGUCACCUCUGGGGACGUGAGGCUGCUGACUGUCAAGACUAAGACAUCUCCAGCAGGGAAGCUGGAAGCCAAGGCCGCUCUGAACCAAGCCCUGGAGAUGAAGCGGCAAGGCAAGAGGGAGAAGGCCCACAAGCUCUUCCUCCACGCCCUCAAGAUGGACCCUGGCUUCGUAGACGCCCUCAAUGAGUUCGGCAUUUUCUCAGAAGAGGAAAAGGACAUCAUCCAGGCGGAUUACCUGUACACCAGGGCACUGACCAUCUCACCCUUCCAUGAGAAAGCGCUGGUCAACCGGGAUCGGACGCUGCCGCUUGUGGAGGAGAUCGACCAGAGGUAUUUUAGCAUCAUCGACAGCAAAGUGAAGAAGGUCAUGUCCAUCCCCAAGGGGAGCUCGGCGCUGCGCAGGGUCAUGGAGGAGACCUACUACCACCACAUCUACCACACGGUGGCCAUCGAGGGCAACACCCUCACCCUCUCGGAGAUCAGGCACAUCCUGGAGACCCGCUAUGCUGUGCCAGGGAAGAGCCUGGAGGAGCAGAAUGAGGUGAUCGGCAUGCACGCGGCCAUGAAGUACAUUAACACCACCCUGGUCUCCCGCAUCGGGUCUGUCACCAUCGACGACAUGCUAGAGAUCCAUAGGAGGGUGCUGGGGUAUGUGGACCCGGUGGAGGCAGGAAGGUUUCGGAGGACCCAGGUCCUGGUGGGACACCACAUCCCACCCCACCCCCGGGACGUGGAGAAGCAAAUGCAGGAAUUCAUGCAGUGGCUCAACUCGGAGGACGCCAUGAACCUGCACCCGGUGGAGUUCGCAGCCUUGGCCCAUUACAAACUGGUGUACAUCCACCCUUUCAUCGACGGCAACGGGAGGACCUCCCGCCUGCUGAUGAACCUGAUCCUCAUGCAGGCGGGGUACCCCCCCAUCACCAUCCGCAAGGAGCAGAGGUCCGAGUACUACCACGUGUUGGAGGUCGCCAAUGAGGGUGACGUACGGCCCUUCAUCCGCUUCAUCGCCAAGUGUACCGAGGUCACGCUGGACACACUGCUCCUCGCCACCACUGAGUACUCUGUGGCGCUGCCGGAAGCCCAGCCCAACCAUUCGGGGUUCAAGGAGACACUCCCUGUGAGGCCUUAACCUUGUCGCCAAGGGAAGCCAGGAGACGGCCUCCUGAGAACACCUUUCUAGAGACAUAGCUCUCCCCAGUAGCAAAAGGAGACAUUCAUUCUUUACCUCCAGAUGUUUUUCUUAGUUGGGAAAGAAAACUAAAUUAUUAAGCCUUG